UGAGCGGCGAUGACGUCACCGCCGUGUUGGAGUCCGGCGUGAGCGCGGCUCAAGGGCGCUGGGCUGAGCGCGGGCACCACCACCACUACAACAACAACCCACACCACAACAACCCACACCACCACAGCAACAACCACACACCACCACAACAAUAACAACCACCCACACCACAACCACCCACACCACAACAACAACAACCACCCACACCACCACCGCUGAAGAGCGCGGCUGCCGCCACCACCACAACAACAACCACCCACACCACAACCACCGCCGCUGCUGCUGCUGCUGGGCUCGGCGCGGGGCCUCUCCCCCCUCUCCUCCGCCUGCUCGACGCGGACAGCGACGAGACACUUCAUCCACGCGCCACCUCCUCGUCCGUCACCGUCGCCCCAAUGAACGACCUCAACGACCCACAGCGCAUGAACAUCCGCGGCGAUGACGGCGGCGGCGGCAGCCGCUGGAGCUACGCGCUGGUCGUGCCCAUGCUGUGCCUGGCCAUCUUCCGCUCGAUCUGGACGCGCGAGACGGAGCAGGAGAAGAGUCGCCUUCGCGAGGAAUUUGAGCGGCGCACCCGCGACACGCGCUCCGAGCUCGACCUGCGCUACCGCUCGCUCGUCACGGAGAGCGGCAGCUCGCUAGCGCGCCUCGAGCUCAAGCACGAGAAGCUGAAGCAGCGCUUGAGCGGCUACCGCGAAGCCUUCGCCGCGCAGAGCCAGCUCCUGGCGUCCGAGCGCCGCCAGCUGAAUUCGCAGCGCGAGGAGCUGCAGGGCGAGCGGCGGGCGCUGGAGUCGGUGCGCCGUGUCGGCCCCCUUCACGACGCCGUGCUGGCGCAGGAGGAGCUCGCGCUGGCGGGGGCGCGCGCGUCUCUGCGCGCGCUAGAGAGCGCCCUGGAGGAGCGCCAGGCCGUCUACUGCAGCCUGCUGGUGCCGCGGAAGCGCCGGCACGUCCUGGAGCGCGACAUGCUGCGGCGCGCGCGCUCCGAGGUGGCGCUGGGCCGCAUGGCGGUGCACGACGGCCUCCUUGACAUAUUCGCCAACGACGGGCACUGCGCGCACGUCACCAAUGAGGACAACAGGCGCAACGGCAAGCUCAUGUGGGUGUACGUACGGCACUGGCACACGCUGCUGGAGCUGCACAAGUACCAGCAGGUGCAGCAGCGUCUGCACACGGAGGAUCCGCUGGAGCCUCCGUCAGCGUGAGGAGGAAGAGUGUGAUGGUGGUGGUGAAGAUGGUGUUGUGGGUGUUGUCGCUAGAGAGCGCUGCAAUGCGUUUCGGUUUGUGCCGCGUGUUGCUACGGCACGAUGGCCCCGACGUUUCGCUCGCUCGGGAACUACCGUAGGAGCUCCCGACGCGUGGCAGCGAAACGUUGGACGUCACGCCGUACAACGGGUGCGGUACAACCCCUGAAAAGCGUCGGCGAGACGUUCAGCGAGGCGUUUAGCAUUGGAACGGGCGAUGAUCGAAAUACGAUUGGACUGCAGUGUUGCUUCUAAUCCACAAGAUGGUGUUGGCAGAUCAAAGUUGUGUUGAUCUCCUUUGCUUUUGGGGGUGGCGGUGCAUGCUGUCUGGGUUGCAAUGUAACCAACACUCUUUUUAGAUUUUGUGAAUCUCAUAAACCUCACAGACUCAUUGUGGGGGGUGGCUACUAAGGGAUGCAGGUCACCGUGUUCUCAGGGGGUAUAAGAUACUCCAGAAAAUCAAACUCGCCCCAUACUCGUGCCCGGUUUGGAUACAGUCAUAUAAAUCCAGGUCUCGCAAAGACAAAGAUCCACCCUGUAGCCUUACCAGACUGUUGGGGCAAGUGCUGUUAGCGAGCACCUAUGAAGGCCGGAACGGCACACAAGGGGGUGGGUGGCCAGCACCAUGCCCCGGUCGCUUUUGUCUCCAAAGUGACGAUGUUUAAACACCGCACCAGGUACUCAUUUAAAGCUGAGUCGACCUACAAGAGGCCCGGGACCGGUUCAAAUAAGAGUGGAUGCUGUUGCCUGGGAAUUGAAGUCUGGUCGCCUGGUUUGUAGCGCAGCGCGCUAACCACUACACUAACCACAUCACUACCGCUCUCCACUAACACUGACACACGCGGCUGUCAGAACAUAAAAUGCACCACCUACUGUUGGUUUAAAAUACAGAGGUGGGUGGGGGGAGAUGUGUAUUGUAAAGCUCACGUGUUUUUCCGCAAACAAGCGCUCGAUGGCAAUUGACUUGCAGUACAUUUUUACAAUGUAAAGUCAAAAACUGAAAUAAAAGGUAUAACGUUGGUGAUCCAUGA